GGGUGUCCAAUCACUACAACAUGCUGGGAGAACAUAUCAAGGCCCAGCUGAUCAAGAACAACAACCAGCCCCGCAAGAGUCUUCGCAGUUCCAGCAGUAAACUGGCUCAGCGCACCCUGGAACAGAUCCUGGAGCUUAUGGACAACCUGAGCCUGAGCAACACCAAGAAUGGCUUCUUCACUCAGACCCCGAUCCUUCGGCUCUGCAGCACGUUCAAGCCAGCUGUGACGAGGUCCACAACAUGAGGUUCAGCGACCUGUUCGCCCUGGCGGAGGAGUUCAAGGACUCCCAGACCAAGGGCCUUUCUCACUUCCGAAUGACUCCUCGAUCCUCGAGCGUGUGACACGGAAAUCGAUCUCAGCACGCCAUCUUGAAGGACAUCUCAAUUCUUAAAAUGCACAGGAGCGAGGAUCGAGGAGGCUUGCUGAAGGAGCUAUAAGCGAGGAUACAUCAGUGUAGUCUUUUCAGCCGCUGUGAUGUUUACAAGAGGCGUGACAAGAAUCUGGACCAAUCCACAGCCGGAGCAGGAUGCUGCAGUGUUCCUGUUGUAUCAGUUAAGCCUA